CGGCGGCAAGAGGGGCCGGCUGCGGAGCCGGGGCAGCAUGGGCGGCAGGACUAGCAAGACCUCUCCCGGCACCCCGGGCGGGGGCGGGAGCACCCCGGUGGGGAAAGGCAGCUCCAACGGGGAAUGCCGCCGGGGGGAGCUGCAGUGCAGCCCGGCCGGGCCCGAGGCCGCGGGGCCCGCGGGGGACGGAGCGGGCGGCCCCCCGCGGGAGCCCAAGGUCUCCUUCUCGUGCGGGGCCGGGGCGGCGGCCGGCUCCAUGGGCACGCUCAAGGCGGCGGGCGACGAGGGCGGCGGCGGCGGCGGCGAGGAGGCCGGGGCCAGCGGCGAGACGCGCGGCAGCCAGGCCAGCUUCAUGCAGCGCCAGUUCGGGGCCAUGCUCCAGCCCGGGGUCAACAAGUUCUCGCUGCGGAUGUUCGGCAGCCAGAAGGCCGUGGAGAGGGAGCAGGAACGGGUCAAGUCGGCCGGAGCCUGGAUCAUCCAUCCCUACAGCGACUUCAGGUUCUACUGGGACUUCACGAUGCUUCUGUUCAUGGUGGGAAACCUCAUCAUCAUCCCCGUGGGCAUCACCUUCUUCAAGGACGAGACCACGGCCCCCUGGAUCGUGUUCAACGUGGUGUCUGACACCUUCUUCCUCAUGGACCUGGUGCUCAACUUCCGGACGGGCAUUGUCAUCGAGGACAACACCGAGAUCAUCCUGGACCCAGAGAAGAUCAAGAAGAAGUACCUGCGGACGUGGUUUGUGGUAGACUUCGUGUCUUCCAUCCCCGUGGACUACAUCUUCCUCAUCGUGGAGAAAGGCAUCGACUCCGAGGUCUACAAAACAGCCCGCGCCCUCCGCAUUGUCCGCUUCACCAAGAUCCUCAGCCUCCUUCGCUUGCUACGCCUCUCCCGCCUCAUCCGCUACAUCCACCAGUGGGAAGAGAUUUUUCACAUGACCUAUGACCUGGCCAGUGCCGUCAUGCGUAUCUUCAACCUCAUCAGUAUGAUGCUGCUGCUGUGUCACUGGGAUGGCUGCCUCCAGUUCCUGGUGCCCAUGCUGCAGGACUUCCCCAGCAACUGCUGGGUCUCCAUCAAUGGCAUGGUGAAUAACUCAUGGAGCGAGCUGUACUCCUUCGCCCUCUUCAAGGCCAUGAGCCACAUGCUGUGCAUCGGCUACGGGCGCCAGGCCCCCGAAAGCAUGACGGACAUCUGGCUCACCAUGCUCAGCAUGAUUGUGGGUGCCACGUGCUACGCCAUGUUCAUCGGCCACGCCACCGCCCUCAUCCAGUCUCUCGACUCCUCCCGGCGCCAGUAUCAGGAGAAGUACAAGCAGGUGGAGCAGUACAUGUCCUUCCACAAACUGCCAGCUGAUUUCCGCCAGAAGAUCCAUGACUACUACGAGCACCGUUACCAGGGCAAGAUGUUCGACGAGGAGAGUAUCCUCGGGGAGCUCAACGGGCCCCUUCGGGAGGAGAUUGUGAACUUCAACUGCCGGAAGCUGGUAGCCUCCAUGCCCCUCUUCGCCAACGCCGACCCCAAUUUCGUCACGGCCAUGCUAACUAAACUCAAGUUCGAGGUCUUCCAGCCGGGGGAUUAUAUCAUCCGGGAGGGCACAAUCGGCAAGAAGAUGUACUUCAUCCAGCACGGGGUGGUCAGUGUCCUCACCAAGGGCAACAAGGAGAUGAAACUCUCCGACGGCUCCUACUUUGGCGAAAUCUGCCUGCUGACCCGGGGCCGGCGCACGGCCAGCGUGCGGGCCGACACCUAUUGCCGUCUGUACUCGCUGAGCGUGGACAACUUCAACGAGGUGCUGGAGGAGUAUCCCAUGAUGCGCCGCGCCUUUGAAACCGUGGCCAUCGACCGGCUGGACCGCAUCGGCAAAAAGAACUCCAUCCUCCUCCACAAAGUCCAGCAUGACCUCAACUCGGGGGUCUUCAACAAUCAGGAGAAUGAAAUCAUCCAGGAGAUCGUCAAGUAUGACCGGGAAAUGGUACAGCAGGCGGAGCACGCAGCCCUGUACCCGCCCCCCCAGCCCCAGGUCACCUCGGCUAUUGCCACGCUGCAGCAGGCCGUGGCCAUGAGCUUCUGCCCCCAGAUGGCCAGCCCCCUGGUGGGGCCCUUGGCCCUCAGCUCGCCCCGCAUGAUGCGCCGCCUGCAGUAUGCCCAGGCCAUGCCCAGCCCCUUCUCCGUCUCACCCGUCCUGCUCCAGCAGCAGCAGCAGCAGCCGCCGCCGCCGCAGCAGCCGCCGCCGCCGCCGUCGCAGUCGCAGCAGCCGCCGUCGCAGCAGCCGCCGCCUCCGCCCGCCGUGCCCACCCCCCAGGGCCUCCCGGCCUCCACCAGCGCCUUCACCUCAGUGGUGUCCAGCCCCCCGUCCCAGAGCCCCAUGGCCAGCCGGACCUUCCCCUACGGGGCCAGAGGGGAGGCCGGCUCGCAGUUGUCUCUGUCGCAGGCCCGGGGCCCCGGCUCGCCCCAGCGCCCGGCCGUCCACAAGAGCACACAGGCUCUGCACACCAGCUGCUUGAGCCAGGAGUCCCGGCCCCUGUCGGCCUCUCAGCCCUCCCUCCCCCACGGGGCCUCCCAGCCGGCGGUCCCCAGCCCCCCUCCCUCGGCCCGGGAGUCCAGCAGCUCCGUCGGUGGGCCCUCCCGGCUGGGCCCCGGGCCCCCCCGCCUGGCCCUGCCCCACCAGCUGUCCAGCGGCUCGGUGUACGUGCCGGGCCUGGCUCAGGACUCUGGGGUCCCCCGCAAGGAUUCGGUGCCUGAGCUCCGGGCGGAUGACCCGCUGGUACGUAGGCAACUCCUUCCCGAAACCCUCUCACCCUGGCGGGCAGCCCCUCUCUGGAUCGACCGGCCCGGGAAGAAAGUAGAAGGGCCCAAAGCGACGGCGAACCACUACCGGGGAGGGGUGCUGCGUUUCAACAUCCAGCCCGCGUCACGACGGGGCCGGGCGGCCGGCCCCGCGCCUCGGCGGAGGGCGGGCCUCCGCCGGGAAGCCGGCCUGGGCUCCGAGGGCCCGAGCUGGCAAUCUACUGUCACGGUCGGGGACGGGGAGGACGGCCACGGGGUGCGGGAGGAAGGACUCAAGUGUCACCUCGCUACGGCCCCGGUCACCGUGCCCGCGCAUCCGUCGUCGUGGGAGGGCGCGGGGUGGCGGGGGAUGGGGAGGCGCACCCAUCUCCAGUAG